AUGUCUGGGGCAGCAACUCCCUACGCGCCUGCUUCCGCGCGAGCAUCACUUCCCCCAACGGGCUCGGCAACACCUGCGCUGCCACCACCACCACCAGCCGCAGCCCCUCGGCGUCUGCCUCCACCAUCGACCUUUGAUGUCCUCCCCGAUCUGCACAAACUGCUCAAGAGGCUCCUCGAGACACCAAGUCAGCCACCGGGUGCCACUCCAUCUCCAGCCCAAGCCCAAGCCCAAGCUUCCAACGACGGUCCUCUUGAUGCACAGCACGUUGCUACUGCCGCCAACGAUCUCAGGCUCAAAAUACAAAAGGCACGACGCGCUGUCCUUUCGCUGCCAGACAUGGACAGGACAUGCGAAGAUCAAGAAGACGAAAUUAGGGACUUGGAGGCGCGUAUUGCGAGUUUGAAGGCGUCUUUGAGUGGACUGGGCCAAUCUACCCCACAGGCAGAGCCUGGUGACCGAGACGAGGACCAGCGUAUGACGGGAUGA